CAGCUCACUGGAGCAGCUGGGACGCAAAAUCUGAUCCCAGUUCAUGGAAGAAACUGGAACGAUGGGGGGGAGAAGCUAAAAGCUGGACAACCGCCCCUGCUGGCGCCUGAGCUACUACGCUAAAGACUGACGGCGGCUCGGACCAAUCAAAAUUGAGCUAGAAAGACCAACAUCCAAUUAGCAGCUGAGUUAUUGUCUGUAAGGCGGGGUUUGCGAGUGGGCGUGCGAGUCAGUAGGAAGAGGAGGUCAAAUACACUGCAAGAGUUUGAAAAACGUGAGGCCGCUGUGUCCAGGAAAGAUACAAAGGUAGACAGGUGUUAUUGUGUCUUUAAGGACUUGUGUCACGGUCACAGCUGUCAUGUUUCACUCCGUGCCCCGUCGGCCGAUCUGCGACAUCGGAGUGAACACAAUGAGGCUCCAGAGCAGCAGGUCGCUCAGACGAGCCGUGGAGGAGGGCAGAGGGAGGCUGGAGAAGGUCCCCUGGCUGGACCGGAGCGUGGGCCUGCUGCUGUCCUGGCUCCAGAGGGCAGGUGUGGGUGCCAGCGAGGCCGCGGGUUCUGGCCAAAAAAGGAAGGGCUUGCUGUCCAUUUUUGCGGACCACUGUAGCUUUGUGACCGGCCAGAGGCUCCGACGUGCCUGCCAGAUCGGCGAACUUUACUCAAACCUGUACUCCGAGCGAACCAGGUGGACCCUGGUCGGCAACAUAUGGCGCAGGUUUCAGAACAAGCACGCCCCCAGUGGGAGGCUUGUGGCGGCCCUGGUUGGUGUCUUCAUGUGGGACAAUGAGAAGAUUCAAGAUGAGGAGAUGCACAGAUGUGGACUUGAGCUGGAGGCUCUGGAGUCAGUCAAACGUCUAAGUUCAUCUUCAGGAACUGUAGCGGGACAACCAGAAGGCGGCUGGGAGGUCGUGAUGGAGAAGAAAGACUUCAGAGUGUGGAAGCGACCUAUUCCCAACAGUCAUCUUUACGAAUACAGAGUAUUGGGCUCCUACAACGAUGUCACACCAAGACAGUUCUUCAAUGUACAGUUGGACACAGAGUACAGGAAGAAGUGGGACUCUCUAGUUAUCAAGCUUGAAGUGGUGGACAGAGAUGCCAAUACAGGCUCUGAAGUUGUGCACUGGGCUACACACUUUCCUUACCCCAUGUAUUCAAGGGACUAUGUGUAUGUGCGCCGCUAUGAUGUGGACGUCGACAAUAACUUGAUGAUCUUGGUGUCCAGAGCUGUGCAGCAUCCUCGAGUCCCAGAGACCCAGGAAUUUGUGAGGGUUAAUUCGUACCGGUCAAAGAUGGUCAUUCGCCCUCACAGGUCCUUUGACGAGAAUGGAUUUGAUUACCUGCUGACCUACAGUGAUGACCCUCAGACUGUCUUUCCCCGAUACUGUGUGAGCUGGAUGGUGUCAAGUGGUAUGCCAGAUUUUCUGGAUAAGCUGCACACUGCUGCUUUGCGGGCGAAGAACCUGGAAGUGGGGAUUCACGACUACGCAGGCGUCAUCAAAUCCAGCGACACCAACCGGCAGUCGAGCCAGGAGCGCCUCACUGGAGAAAACACACAUUCAGGUGGUUCUGGGCAGAUCUAUGCCUGAGAUGGAUAUUUUUAUUUAAAACCUGGGGUUUUGUUUGUGUGUUUCACUUGCACUUGAGUCCAAAUCAAACCCUCCAACCCUACAUAUUAGGGGUACAGUACAUGAACUGAAAAUGAAGGUUGCAGCUCACAUUUAAAGACUCCUGUCCAUCCGUGGUUGUACUGGUUCUUGGUGAGAUGUCACAAGAACAAUGGACUGUGUUGUUGACAGCAUUACUGUCCUCUGGAAAAGAUGUUGCCAUGGAAAUCGUAACCCAGACUGCUGGUUUUGGCACCAUUGUCGCUCAGCCAGCAAAUGCCAUGUGACAUUAUGUUUCCCUCUUUGGUAAUGACAAAUAUCCUGCAAACUUUAUUAAGAUCGAGCCAAAUUUCCUAACUGUAGUGAUGCUUCUGCCAAAGCACUGUUUCUUCUCAUUUUUACAGUCUAUGGCUUGUCUUCCGUUGUUUGACUAAGUUUAACUCUACACCCUGUUCUGACCACCAGUGGCCACAUGACUGUAUUAGUGUCGUUGGUGUGAUCACAGCGAGACACGGAAAUGCUCUUGUGCGUUUGAUAUAAAACGGUAACUAUGACUGGCUUCUGGUGGACAUCAUUGAAAUUAAAUUUAUGCACUGACAGAUGAGGACCUGAGGCCUAUGGGGGAAAAGCUUUGUAACAGGUUUUCUUCAUUUCGUGGAUUUAAAGCAAGUAGUUUCCUGUUUGCUCGCAGCACGAGUGAUGUCUAUGACUGGAUGGGGUGUAUUAACAAAGGAAAAAAAAAAAAAAAAAAAACACCAUUACUGGAAAAAAUGUCCACAGAAUGUUUUAAAAAUAAUUUAAAAAAUAGGGCUUCUUCUUUGUGCUUUGGGGAUGCCGUAGGGUUCAGACUGUGUCUCACCGUGUUUAUGCGAGUGUUGGAAGCUGCCAGCCUUCUGAAGAUGAACCAGUCCUUCAGCAUUAGGGGCAUAGUGUCUUAUAACAACCAUGUAAAUCCUCAGAUAGAAUGGUACUAAUGUGCUUCUAGCAAGGCAAUCAUACAGAGACACGCUCUAACAAACCAGUGCCCUCUACAGUAACGUGGAGUAGUCAUGCCACUUGAAAUCCAUUCACAUUUCAUAGGAGUUUAAAAAAUGAAGUUGUCCCAUCUCAGCAUACAGAUUAUUUUGUUAUUCUGGUGUUCAUCAAAGUAACUUUUGGAGUUCAGGGUGUUUGUGUUUUCUCUGUGUUACUGCAGAUCUUGUGCAUUCAUAAAGCCUGAGUACUGAAAAUCUCUGUUUUAUGAGUAUCUCCAUCUCUGUAACAUUGUUCUCCUGAAUUGUGAUUCUGCAGUCAGUUAUUUUUUAAUGUGAGUCCUGCUGAAACUCCGCAGAAUUCAUCCUUCCAAGUUACCCUUGUUGCAUUUCUAAUUAACUGUACCCUGCAGGUGUUAUGAAUGUACAAAAAACACCACAUGCUGUGGACAUGGCCUGAUAAAGUACAGUGUUUACAGCCUGACAGACUGGCGCAAAUAUCCUAAAAUUGUUUGUGUUAAAAAAACUCACCUUGUACUAGAUUUUAAUGUCAUAAAUUCUGUAGAUGGUACAUCUGACUGAAUCAGCUGUUUCAGAAUUAGCAUGGUGGGUUCCACUUUUGUGAAAGAGGUCCCAUGUAUGAGCAUUUGUAUAUCCCCUUGUGUCAAAUAUAUAAUUCUACCCUGUAGUAAAUGGCAGUGUAUGAUAGCAGAUACUGUCGAUAUGUUGAAAAUGUAAGGGAAGAAGUGAAAUGCUUGUUUUUGAUAUUUAUCACAUACUGUCAAAUAAAAACUGUGAAACUUUAAAGAUCAUAAUAACCCUAUGAAACAUGCCAUAUUUGCUAACGUUUAGCUUGUGUGCGAAUGUAACAUUUUAAUGCUCUGUCAUUUGUGGACACCUGCGUGCCACCUGCAGCAGUCUAAAUGAGUUGUCACAUUAUCAUUCUGUGUUGUCUUUCUGCAGGCAGUUUAACAUUUGUUGUGAUUAGCGACCUCAUGUGAAUUAUUUUAGGAACAGAAAAAAAGGAUUGUGUGGAUAUGAGCUGGUGCAGUUGUGACUCGUAUGAUUUUUAAAAUGUCUGCAGCAGGAGAGCGAUUAAUCGGAUCCAAUAAACAGAUCUUCAUGUGUCUUCA